ACCUUGAGCAACGACUCGACAGCGGACUGUCACGAGCGUCUUUGUUUUGAUUCCGCAGAUUAGAACCUCCGCAGUGUAGUUUGCAUAAAAAUUGUAUCCCAUUCGUCUGGCGACAGGUGAAAUAAUCGAUAGUUGUGUAGAUUUUCCCUACCGACCAGCAGAAAGGACGGGAUCAGUUUAAAUCACAACACAUACGCGCGUGUGUGUGUGUUGCAUGUUGUGCAGUGUGCAGCCCAGCCGUUGUGCGCUGUGCGGAACAGAAACGCGUCGACAGCCGUUUGACCUUCUGCCUUCUGCGUUUGUUUUCCUUUCGUCUCUCGCGCUUUCGGUGUAAUUAGAUUAUGACCGUGCGUGCGCCAUAAAUGUCUGCAUUGGUUUCCUUAUGUUUGCUGAAGAUUGAACUAGUAGCCGACCGAAGCCGCAGCCAGUCGACGGUCAUGUUGGGCCCGUCGGAAUCCGGAUCCGCCUGCGAUGACGCAGCAACGGGCGGCAGCAUAGUUGGCGAUGAAGCGGCUGGUGCGGUUUCGAACGAGCAUCCCAACAAUCCCCGGCUGCAGCGCGAGAUGAGAGGGCAACGAAAGCCGAAGAAGAUCACCAUCGAGAGCUAUCGUAAUCGGCUGCUGGAUGGGGGACCGGCGCCGUCGGACGAGUACCGUGGCAUCCUGCCAAAAAGCUCCCGCGAGCAGACACCGAUGGACGAGGUGCCGCCACCAGCGGCCACAGAGAUCCUGGGGGAGAUAAAUUUCUUUUCCGGCAAUCCGUUCGUCGAGGUUACGAAAGGCAUCCUUCAUCUGUUCAAGCGGAACGAACGGGCGGACAUAUCGGAGGGUGGCGUUUCGAAGACACUUUGUCUGAUUGCUGUGCCGUCAUCGCUCAACUGUCACGAUAUUCUCAACUUCAUUGCACCGUGCCAGAAGGAGAUACAGCACGUGCGCAUCUUGCGCGAUGGUUCGCCGAACCAGUUCAUGGUGCUGCUCGAGUUCCGCUGCGUCGAGGGUGCGAUCGAGUUUUUCAAAACGUUCAACGGCGCACCGUACAACAGUCUGGAACCGGACACACUGUGCCACGCCGUGUGGGUGUCGAGCGUCGAGUGGGGUCUGGACGAUUGCUGCGUGACGCCGCAGGGGCACACCGAGCUACCGUCCUGUCCGGUGUGUCUCGAGCGGAUGGACGAAAGCGUCGACGGUGUGCUGACCAUCCUGUGCAACCACGUGUUCCAUGCCGGGUGUCUGAACAAGUGGGGCGACUCGACCUGCCCGGUGUGCCGCUGCGUACAGACGCCCGAACUGUCCGAACAGUCCGUGUGCAUGGAGUGCGAGGGUACGGAGGCGCUGUGGAUUUGCCUGAUCUGCGGCCACAUCGGGUGCGGCCGGUAUCAGGGCGGUCACGCCGCCUCCCACUAUCGGACGACAAAUCACACGUACGCGCUGCAGCUCGGCACGAACCGCGUGUGGGACUAUGCGGGCGAUAACUUUGUGCACCGCUUGCUGCAGAGCAAAUCGGAUGGAAAGCUGGUCGCGACACAAUCACCCGGCGGGGACGAUGGUGAGGAGAAGAUCGACUCGAUGCAGCUGGAGUUUACGUACCUGCUGACGUCGCAGCUCGACGCGCAGCGGGAUUAUUACGAGGAGCGGCUUUCGCGCCUCGAGUCCAUCAUCUGCGGCGAGCGGCAGAAGCUGCAGGAGGACCACGAGCAGGCGAAACAAAAGACGGCACAGUUGGAGGUGAAGCUGCACGCGCUUACGAAAGAGAAGAACAGUCUGGAACGGAAAGUCUCGCAACUAACGUCAAAAUUAGGCACGGUGCUGGGUGAAUUGGCGGAGGAGAAGCAGUUUGGUAAAACGCUGCAAGCAAAUCAAGUUACCUGGCAAACUAAAUUCACCACCCUGGAGAAGCAGUGCACGGAGAAGGAGCAGGAAAUUGUCGAACUCAAAGAGCAGGUGCGCGAUCUCAUGUUCUACAUGGAGGCACAGAACACGAUUGCCGGCUCGGAGCUCAAGAGUGAGCUGGUCGACGGGACGGUAGUGCUUCCGGCGGACGCAGUUGCCGCCGCCUCAUCCAUUUCCGCCAGCGGCGCAUUUGCCGCCGGUACUAGCGCUGGCGGAGCAAAGGCAAAACGACGCCAACGAAGGAAGUAAAACCGUGUCCCCGUUCUUCGCUUCACUCCAACUAGCUCUGUUUAGCUGCGCACACGUUUUUUCGACGCCGUACCACACGUUUCGAUGUACGUUCUAGAUGUAAGGGGGAUGGAAUUUUGGAAUUGUGAUAAAUUUUCAUCGUACUUUUAUUUCCUUUGCCAAACCUUAUCAUAAAAAAAAAUACAGCAGUAAGAUUUGUAGGGAAAGGGCAGAUUAACAGCUUUCGGUGUUCAA